AUGUCUGACAGCACGUCAAAGCCGAAGAAAAGAGUUUUGGUUUCAUAUGGCGUUGACAUCGACGCAAUCGCGGGAUGGCUUGGCUCAUACAAGGGCGAGGACUCUACGAGCGACAUCUCGAGAGGUUACUUCGCUGGUACUCAGGGAGUCAGGAGACUGUUGAAGCUAUUCGAGAAAUACAAGAUUAAAGCCUCGUGGUUCAUCCCGGGCCACAGCCUGGAGACCUUUCCUGAAGAAUGUGCCAUGGUCCGUGAUGCUGGCCACGAAAUCGGCCUACAUGGAUACAGCCAUGAGAAUCCUGUUGAUAUGACACUCGAGCAGCAGAGAGAUAUCCUCGACUAUACGUACCGGAUGCUGACCGAUUUCUGCCAUGGCAAGACCCCUCGAGGCACCGUUGCUCCAUGGUGGGAGGUGUCCAAGGAGGCAACGGAAUUGCUACUCGAAUACGGAAUUGAGUACGACCAUAGCAUGAACCACCACGAUUGUCAGGCGUACUAUCUCCGGACCGGUGAUGAUUGGACGAAGAUUGACUAUGGCAAGAAGGCCGCCGAGUGGAUGAAACCUUUCAAGAAGGGUCAAGAGACUGGACUUGUCGAGAUUCCAGCAAAUUGGUACCUCGACGAUCUGCCGCCAAUGAUGUUCAUGAAAGCGGUACCAAACAGCCAUGGUUGGGUGAACUCCAGGGACGUCGAGGACCUAUGGCGGGACCAUUUCGACUACUUUUACAGGGAGUAUGAUGAGUUCAUCUUCCCGAUGACUAUACAUCCAGAUGUUUCUGGCAGACCACACGUCCUGCUCAUGCACGAAAGACUGAUCGAGCACAUCAACAAACACGAGGGUGUAGAAUGGGUGACGAUGGCGGAGAUGGUAGACGACUUCAAAAGCAAGAACCACCCUGCCGAGGGUGCCAUGAUGCCAGCAGCGCCGGGGUCGAUCUUGACGAAGGGAUAG